CAGCAAUUUGUAUUUUCCAUACUUUCAUUAUUUACUCCCCUUGAUGAGCGCAACUGGUCUUUCAAUUAGGCGCUUGGCUGCGUACCAGCAGUACACGGCGCCGCUGGUUAUCCUCUCAGAAACAGUGCGGCAGACAGCAUUGCCGCUACAAGAGGCAAUGGUGCGGGAGAGCCUGGUGCGCGGAAUGUACGUGAUUGCAGUGUGCUUAGAGGGCCUGCCGAGCUCUGACAUUAGGGCCUCCCCGCUCUUCAGGCUGGUCGACCAGCGCCCAACAGUGGAGAGCAUUCUCAGCGUGCAAGAGUCGUCGCCUUCAUCAUCCUCUUAUUUGUUGCCGGGCCUGCUCAAACGGACCGACUUUGCGCGCCUGCAGAGCGAGAUCGAGGGCCAUAUACGGCGGGCACAAGAGGGGGGCGUAGCGGCGAACGGCGGCAGCGGUGGCGACAGCCGGACCGGUGUUCUGGUUUUUGUUGACAGCAUCGACCGGCUGCUGCGGUCCUCGCGCGCAUCCACGCUGGCCCUGCUGCGCAGCAUCCGCGGAUCGGUGGGCAAUUCGAUAAAGUCUCGCUUUCUGAUUCGGUUUUCAUGCGAUGCGUCUGUCCGCUACGACAGCAGCCAGUCCAAAAGCCCCGGCGUUACGGACUCACUCUACACGGCCAACGCUCUGUGCGACCUGGCAGAUGUCAUGGUGGACGUGCAUCCGCUGGACGAUUUGAAAACAUGGAUGCCCGGAUGGUACUCGGACGGUAACCAGCUACCCUUUAUUUCUCUGCGCGACAACGAUCCCCGGCGCGGCCUUGUCCGCCUGGAGCACAAGAGGCAGUCUGGAAAGAUUGGAUUUGAGGUUGCAACGUUUGAGAUUGACCCGCAGACUCGACUGCCAAAGUUCCUGGCCGUGGAUGUCUCUGCCGGCUCGCAGCUGCCUCAGCAUGUAGCCCCAGCCUCAGGCUUGGCUUUGGCUCCCCAGGCAGGAUCUUCGUCGGCGCCACCCCAAGCAAACACCGCUGCCACAGCUGCAGCAGCAGUGGCGGCCAAUAAUUUUAACUCCGCAGUCGUGAGUCAGACGCAGCAUGCUUCACUGCAGCCCUCUUCGGACCCAGCCGCAAACCUGUCGUUCAAUCUUAACCUGACCGACAGGCAGCGCCGCGAUAAAGCCAGCGUGGAGAUGCCAUAUAUGGACGCACAGAUGGCAUCAGCAUCCGGAGAGCCCCCUUCCGACUCUGUGGGGGCCGUUGCAGGCGAUAUCUUUUACCAGCUGGACGACGAGGACGAUUGGGACGAGGAUGACCCCGAUGACGACCUCGAGAUCUGAGCCAGAGACGGCCAGCCGAUAAAUGGUGAGGGCGCGCUUGCUGCAUUUUUAGACAGCACAUCAGCAGCAUGUGUGGCACGUUGCUAGUUACAUUCAAACGUAUAUGUUGCUAUUGGGAGUUUUGAAAACAAAACAACUCUUCAAACUUGAUUAAUAUA